CAGGAACUUGCCAAGAUCCAUGAUAUCAUGGGGCUUGAAAAUGGAUUGACAGCCGGGGUAACAAGUCUGUACAGACCCGCAGAAGGUCCGCUUGUACUGUGUUUUGAUGCAGACACAUGCCCACUGUCUAAGGUUGAAUAAUGACAAUGAUGCAGAAGAUGAGAUCAAUGCCAAAAGCAUUGAUGAAGAUGACAAUGAUGAAAAGGAUGAGAUCAAUGCCGUGAUAAUUGAUGAGGAUGACAAUGAUGAAGAAGAUGAGAUCAUUACCAAGAUGAUUGAUGAUUCAGUUAAGGCAGCAACCAAAAUCAUUGAUGAUUCAGUGAAGCUGACAAUGACACCGAAAACAAACAAUGUUGGACUCACAUUAACACAGGAAACUAUCAUCAAGUUUCCGGAGUUUUUUGAUGGGGCUGAAGCUUCAAACGCAGGGUUCGAUAAAAAUCAUUCAGUGUCACAAGGAACAGAUUCAGUUACACAGGAAACUAUCUCCAAGUUUCCAGAAUUUUUUGAUGGGGCUGAAGCUUCAUAUGCAGAGUAAAAAUGAAU